AUGGCGCCCCCAUCUGUCACCGUCUAUACUUUGCGCGGUGGUUUUCUUGCGGGAGAUGUAUUCUAUGGCACGGUGGAGUUGAAUUUCCGCGCGCUUCAAGAAGAACAGGUAGAAGAAGUUCACGUAAAGCUCAGGGGUUACGCCGCGACUUCUAUAUUCCGUAACAAUCAAAGAGCAAGACAAAUCGUGGAGCUAGUCCGCCUUGAUCAAUCGCUCUGGACUCGCGGGACCCUUUAUCCCCCGCCUGGAUCAGACGUUCUCUCCAUCCCGUUUAGGUUUUUGCUACCAGCAGAACUGCCGCCUUCGUUUAUCUUUCGUCACCCCGUCGCUGACGCCUAUAUUCGCUAUCAUGUCGAAGCGGUCGGAGUGCGGCCAGGCUUGCUGAAGAUGAACAAGCGAUGCCUCCGGCCCUUCAUCGUAUUCACUCCUGAUGAAGCUGGUUCACUUGUAAAACCAGAAUUGCAGAUUGGUCAGCUUUGGACAGGAGCCUGGUUGACUGCUACGGAGCAUAAGCGUAUACGUCGAGCCUUUUGGGGAGAUUACGGCGAUGUACAAUUGGAGUUCAAACGUCCCUCCGCCGUUGUCUAUCCUGUUCUUUCAGACAUACCGUUUGUGAUAACCAUCGCAACGAUUAGUAAGCCGAUCAAGUUGGAAGACGGUAAAAAGCCAUGGCCGUCCCCGCCACUAGAGCCGAGUGCAGUUCACCUCGAACUGAAGCACACAGUCUGGGUGCAAGCGGGAAUAUGGGAUCAGACCAGCACUCAAACCCUCACCUCGUUGGGCGGCAUGGGCGGGUCAAUUGGGAGCGUUAGUAUUGAGACUCACGAAGAUGAGUGGCUCCCAGAUGAUGAGGAUAAGAAAAAGGGAAGAUGGCGCAAGAAGGUGUCAUUCAGCUCUUCUUUCAAACUCAAACACACCCCUACGUUCAAUUUUCCGUUCAUCACACUCGAGUACUUCUUGCAUGUCAAAGUUCAUUUCGGCGGCCUCCUCAACAGCCUGAGCAUAGACAUUCCGACCACGGUCGGCUCCGGCAUGACGCCUCUCACGGGAGACGUCGACCUUGAUAACCAACGCGAUGAGGCUUUACCGCGCUUCGAGGACCUUGAUCUCCCUCCGUAA